AUGGCAUUGUUCUUUGAUACUUUUGCCAUGCCUUAUACACAAAAUUCUCUCCAAAUUAUACAGUACAGUGGACCUUCAAAGCCUAAGCAAACCUCUCGUCGUAACCCCUUAAAGGCCCUAUCAAGCAAAGAGAGUCUAAAAUCCAACACUAAAUUGAAGAAUAAAGAAAAUCCUGUACCUAUGUCGGACGGAGUCGAAGUUAUUGACUUGACAUACUUAGUUAGAGAAGGCAACAGCGAGAUCAGCGGUAGCAGAUGUGGAGGAGAUGACGAUGUGAGCAGUUACGACGAUUUUGCGCCCCAGAACGAAAGUGAAGGCGAAGGGUUCAAGCGAAACUUUCGAGAAGGCAUAGAGGACGAGAGCUUAAAUCAGCCAGCUCCUUCUGAAAACAUCGGUCAAGAAAACACGGUUGUUAUCGAGGACAGUCAGCCCAGUUCAGAUACAGACGAGGGCGACUCGCACGACAAUGAUGCAGGGACGCAGAUACGCGAUCGGCUUGGAGUUUCGAGCAUCAUAGCCCCGGAUCUUCGCGGUGGGGAGUGUCCUAUAGACACGGAGAAUGUUAUCGAAUCCGAUGCGGUUGGGAAAGCAAAGACUCAAAUGAGUGGGUUCCCGCGUCGCAAAUUUUCAUCAACGCCGCCAAUGAGCUUGUCGAAGAUGAAUAUCGAAGAGUCAACGCAAGGCGGCCCUCCUACGAUUGAAAACACGAGCAACUGCGUGGCUGACCCGCAAGCGGAAACGCUUCCCGCCAACCAAGCGGCACAUUCGAUCGUCAAACACGACAUCGAAGCAGCGCCUUAA